AUGGCAACCCGCUCCCGGCCGCCCUCUCGAGCCCGCUCCCCUGUCGAUCAGGGAGAGUUGGGACCCUUCCUUCCGCCAGCCUCCCCUGAGCUCGGCGAAGUCUCACUCGAGCGGGUCAUCCGCCUUCUCUGGGGGCUCCAAUCCCAAGUCAACCGCAUCGAGCGGACCCUCUUGGAACAAACUGAAGUUAGUCAAGAGGUUCAAACCAACGUCGAGAACAUCUCACAAGCGGUCGAUGUUGUCAAGGAUGGGCUUGCCCAGCUCCAAUCCGCCCGGGGUCCCCAUACCCCAGAAGAACAAAAACCCCCCGCGGUUGAGGAAACUCCCAGGGCCGCGCCCAAAGCCAAGCCUAUUGGCAAGGCUCAACCAUUCCUUGGGGCCCCAGCCCCCAUCAUCUCCACAGGGGCCCCCAGGCGCGACCCCCUCUCCCUUUUCAACCCCUACCCUUCCUCGUCCUUCCCUUCAGGACCGGCUCCAGCCACCCAAGGACCUCCACCAGCGCCUGUCAUCACCCCGGCGCAGCCUCCAGUCCCCUCCACUGUAAAAGUGGAUCACCCAGAUGCCUUCAAAGGCAAGAUUGGCUUGGAGGCCAAACAAUGGCUAACACGCAUGCUAGCCUGGGUACGCCUGAAUCAAAGGCAAUUCCCAACGGACCUGGAGGUUCUCUCCUUCCUCCUCAUGAACAUGGAGGAAGCAGCUGGGGCUUGGGCCCAUCCCCACUUGGACCAACUGGGGUCCCAUCGCGCACUCAUCCAAACCGUGGAUGAGUUCAAAGUUGAGUUCCUGGCCGCCUUUGGCGACCCAGAUGCAACCAGAGCAGCGGAGCGGAAGAUCACUUCCCUCACUCAGACCGGCACUUGCGCCGAAUACAUUACUAAGUUCCGCACGCUGCAAAUGGAACUCGACUGGAACGAUGCCGCACUUUGCGGUCAAUUCGCGCGAGGGCUCCACUGGGAGGUCCGCAAACAAAUUGCCACGAGGGAAAGGCAACCAAGAACCCUGAGGGAGCUACAAGAUGCCGCCCUCAUCAUUGACAACGCCCUCCGCGAGGAGCGAGCCAGCCACCCGCAACAGGGUAAUAAGUCUGGCAAAACCUCUUCCACCCCCAACCGGGGGGCGAGUAUUGGCCAACAGGCCACCAAAACCGGUCCCCUCUCCUCCGAUCCCAAUUACGUUUCGGAGGAAGAACGCAACCGCCGCCGCGCAGAAGGUCUCUGUGUCAAAUGCGGCAAACCCGGGCAUAGAUUUGCCGAAUGUCGGACUGGAUGGAAGGCUACCCCUAAAGAGGACAAGGGGAAAGCCAAGGAAGUCGCCAAGAUUGGCAAAGACUCCAAGUACCAAUUGGGAAAAGAAAUUGCACCUCUCUUCACAAUUCCAAUACGGCCAGAGAAAACAGCGGAAACAUUAGAAGUCCUGAUUGACUCAGGCGCCACGUCAUCAUUCUUACACCCUUGUACCGCGGAAUCACUCCGCCUUCCGCUCAUUGAUCUCCCCACUCCACGAACCGUUACCAUGCUCGAUGGGUCGAGCCCCCAGGCAGGAAAAAUCUGGAAGAAGGCAGUACUCACCUUCACCUAUGAUGGCAAAAAGAUGACGGAGACCUUCCUCAUCUGUAAUACUGGCAGCCAUGCGGCCAUCCUAGGUUUGAAAUGGUUAGAUGCUCAUAACCCGGAAAUAGACUGGAACACGCGCACCCUAUCCUUCCCACACACCCCGCCAGAACAUGUGGCCAUUGCCGAAGAGGAAGAAGCUGAUCAGAACCCCCUCGAAGGAGUACCCUUCAAAUACCACCAAUACGCUAAGGUAUUUGGAGAAGAAGAAUUCAACAAGCUUCCUCCCCAUAGGCAUUACGAUAUUGGGAUUGAACUCACCGAAGAAGGCCCCCUCAAUUCUCCCCUCUAUAGUAUGACAGAUGCCGAGUCUGCCACACUAAAAGACUGGCUCAGGGAUGAGUUGAAAGCAGGGAAAAUCCGCCCAAGCAAAUCUUCAAUCAGUUCCCCCGUCAUGUUUGUUCCAAAGAAGGACGGUUCCCGCCGCUUGGUUGUCAACUACCGCCGCCUUAACAACCGGACAAAGAAGAACGUAUACCCGUUACCCCGUCCAGACGAUCUUAUGGCCCAGCUCCGUGGUGCCAAGGUUUUUACCAAACUGGACCUAAGAUGGGGUUACAACAACGUCCGCGUCAAAGAAGGCGACGAAUGGAAGACCGCGUUCCGAACCAAGUAUGGCCUGUACGAAUCCCUUGUCAUGACCUUCGGCCUGACCAAUGCCCCUGCCUCAUUCCAACAUUUCAUGAACGAUCUAUUUAAGGAUUUGUUGGAUGUAUGCGUCAUCAUCUACCUUGAUGACAUCCUGAUCUACUCUAAGGAUGACGCAUCUCACACGCAGCACGUUCAUGAGGUCCUAAAGCGGCUAAUGGAGAAUCAACUGUUUUGUAAGGCUUCCAAGUGUACGUUCCAUGUCACCUCCGUGGAAUAUCUGGGGAUCAUUGUAUCGGAUAAAGGUUUUAGCCUGGAUAAGCUCAAAAUCCAGGCAGUCCAGGAAUGGCCGGUACCCACCAAAGUCAAGGAAGUCCAAUCGUUCCUGGGGUUUGCCAAUUUCCUCCGUCGUUUUGUCGCCAACUUCAGCCACAUGGCUAGGCCGCUACACAACCUAGUCAAGAAGGAUACGCCUUGGAAAUGGGACACAAAGGAACAGGAGGCAUUCCAAGGGCUGAAGGACGCCAUAACCAACGCCCCGGUACUCCGUCACGCCGACCCGACCAAGCCUUAUUUCCUAGAAACAGAUGCUUCUGGUGCAGCCCUAGGCUCCAUUCUCAGCCAACGACAGGAAGACGGCCGCCUCCAUCCACUUGGCUUCCUAUCCGAAUCAUUCAAAGGAGCCGAGCAGAACUAUGACACACAUGAUAAGGAGCUCCUAGCAAUCAUUUGCUCCUUUGAGUAUUGGCGCAUAUUCUUGGAAGGCACCGCACAUCCCAUCACGGUAUUUACAGAUCAUCGCAACUUGGAAUAUUGGAGGGAGUCUAGAACAUUCAACCGACGUCACGCCAGGUGGCACCUGUUACUAGCCGGGUAUAAUUUCCAAAUUGUGUACCGCCCAGGGAAACAGUCAGGGAAACCCAAUGCCCUCUCACGACGUGCUGAUCAUGCCAACAUUCCACCCGCCGCCCAAACCAUGCUCCCAGAGCCAGUAUUCGCCAACGUAGCCCUAGUGACCCCUGAAAAGGAGCUUCAGCGCCAGAUUGAGGCUGCCCUGGACCAGGAUGAAUCCCUGGAGGAAAUACUACAAUUCCUCCAAAAUGAAUCCAAGGCACCCCCCUCCAUCAAACGCGCAUUCAAGGAUUACAAGAUGGAGGCCGGCUUACUCUUUUACCAAGGACAAAUUGUGGUCCCUGACGUCGGAACUCUGAGAACGGACCUACUUUGCAUCUUCCAUGACAGCCCCUUGGCAGGACACCCAGGGAGACAGCGCACCCUGGAAUUGGUAUCAAGGAACUAUUACUGGCCCGGCAUACGCGCGGACACAUAUUGGCACGUUGAUUCCUGCGAAACUUGUCAACGGAUCCGGAAACCCAAGUACGCAUCCAUACCGCCCCAACCAUUAGAACUCCCCUCACGCCCAUGGCAACAUGUGUCGUACAAUAUGAUAGUGGAUCUGCCAAAAGACGGAAGCAAUGACUCUAUCUUAGUUAUUGUGGACAGUUUUACUAAGUACGUUAUCCUGGUAGAGUGUUCCAAGAAGCUCAAAGCCCCGGAACUGGCGGAUCUAUUCCUACGGCACGUAUGGAAACGUUACGGCAUGCCUGAAAAAACAGUAUCGGACCAAGGACGGGUCUUUAACAACAGAUUCUUGAAGGCCUUGUACCAACGCCUAGGGAUAGACCCCCACUUCUCCUCGGCCUACCACCCCCAGAGCGACGGGCAAACAGAACGCGUGAACCCCACGGUCGAACACUUUCUAAGGGCCUACUCAGGGGUAAACCAGAAGGACUGGGUCAAGUGGUUGCCAAUGGCGGAGUUUGCCUAUAACAAUGCGGUACAUAGUGCUACAGGCAAAUCCCCGUUCAAGGCACUAUACGGAUGGGAACCAUCCUUAACCCCAAGUAACCUACCAACGGACGUCCCUGAGGCAGAUGAAUUGGCAACACAGAUGGAGGCACAAUGGCGGGAAAUAGAAUCCGCACUCCGGCAAUCAAAAAUACGUAUGACAGCCGGAAAAACAGGAGAACCACUCGAGUUUGAAAUUGGGGAAGAGGCCUGGCUGGACGCCAGAAACGUGAAGCUGAAGACCCUGAGUCCCAAGCUGACGGAACAACGCCUAGGUCCCUUCAAAGUGACUGAGAAAAUCUCCGAUCGCGCAUAUUGCCUGGAACUCCCGCCGUCCAUGAGAAUCCACAAUGUCUUCUACGUGGGACUCCUGUCAAAAGUCAAAAGGGACAAAAAGCGCAACUUUGAGAACCAGCCCCCACCUGUUACCGUGGAUGGAGAAGAAGAAUACGAGGUUGAAGGGAUCACAGACAUGGAAGAAAGGAACGGAAAGUGGUUUUUUAGGGUAAAAUGGAAAGGCUACGGAUCAGAGGAGAAUACCUGGGAACCAAGGGAAAACCUCAAAAACGCCGAAAAAAUCCUAAAAAAAUUUGAAGAGGAAAUGAAGAAGAAGGCCCUUGGCGCCGCCAAGGCCCUUAGAGGGGGGGCAGUGUCGUAG